GACGAAAUUGCUUUUAACACAUCCACACCCCCUUCUCCGCCCUUCGAUAGAAACCCGAAACCCUAGACACCUUAAACUGAUAAACUGAUAAUUGAGAGAAUCAUCCCUGCGGUGCCGCGCCGACCAAACCGGGUUGAAAUCGAUUUUGUAGGCAUGGAUGGCAAGAAUCCUCCCCAGCUCACGAUGGAGCAGCAGCGUGCAAUCAAAUUCUUGACCUACUUCGCGGAUAUUGCCGGCAUGAAAAGGUGUCAAAAAUGUAACCGUGUUUAUCUCUCGCACCUGAAUCAUGCCCGGGAACUUUGUUUUCUCAAAAUAGAAAAUGAAGCAGAAAAGGAAGCAGAGAAAGAGAAAAGGGAAGAACAGAAAAAAAACACUCUAAUCAAACUAGAGAGAUAUUGGGAUCAACUGGAUGAAGGACAUAAAGCUUUAUGUUUGCCACCUUUACCUGUUAAGAAUGUGGAAAGCUUUUUGAGAGAGUAUGGAUUUUGUUUGAAGUAUGCUUCUUGAGUUCUCUGGAAAAGUAACCAAUUUGAUUGAUGACUUUAACAAGGACCUUGAAGUCAUGUUAGAGAAAAAUCUGAAAGAUGGAUUAGCUGAUGUUAAAGAAGUUCAUGUUUCUGCAAUCACUCAAGCUAUAGAGCAAAGUCAGACGGUACCUUUGGCUGUAUCUUACCGUCAGGAAAGUUUUAGCUCCGCAGUAUCAGGGUCUCGAACUGUAGAGGAUCAGCUGUCAAGGUUGGUGAAUGAAAGAAAGUAUGAGGAGGCUCUGACAGAUGCUCUAGAAAGAGAUGAAAAAGCUGAUACUGGUCUUGUAUUAUGGUUAUUGACUCAGGUUGAUCAUGACAUACUGCAACAUGAACCUAUGUUUUUGGGCGCAGCUGUAAUGAUAUCGCUGCAUUCACAUCUCCUUGAGAAAACUCCUGACUCGUUUGUACUUAAUUGGUUGGUUCACUUGGAAAGCGCCUUGCAACGCUACGAUCGUAUGGGAUUAUGCGCAAGAUCGUAUCUGAAUCGUUCUGCAGCAGCAAGGUAGUGGUUUCUCCUG